CUGACGGUCACAUCUUUGUCAGUGAACAAAAUGGCAACCUACUGUCUCACUGUCGCCCGGCUCCAGCUGGCUCUGGGCCACGGUGCACGGCGCCUACAUGUAUCUGCAGCUUACAGAGCCAAGGCCAAAGUGUCUAUGAGCCGCUUUGAGCCUGCUUCCUUCGUCAACUACGAGAGGCUCCAAUCCAACGUUGACAUUGUGCGAAAAAGACUCAACAGGCCCCUCACCCUGUCAGAGAAGAUUGUGUACGGCCACCUCGAUGACGCCCACAACCAGGAGAUCGACCGCGGUCGCACCUACCUGCGCCUGCGUCCUGACCGCGUGGCCAUGCAGGACGCCACGGCCCAGAUGGCAAUGCUCCAGUUCAUCAGCAGCGGCCUUCCGAAGGUGGCCGUGCCCUCUACCAUCCACUGUGAUCACCUGAUCGAGGCCCAGACCGGGGGAGUGAAGGAUCUGGCCAGAGCGAAGGAAAUCAACCAGGAGGUAUACAACUUCCUGUCUAGUGCUGGGGCAAAAUACGGAGUUGGCUUCUGGAAACCAGGUUCUGGAAUCAUCCAUCAGAUCAUCCUGGAGAACUACGCUUACCCAGGAGUGAUGCUAAUUGGCACAGACUCCCACACACCAAACGGUGGUGGCCUUGGUGCCAUCUGCAUCGGCGUUGGAGGAGCAGACGCCGUAGAUGUCAUGGCAGGAAUCGCCUGGGAGCUCAAGUGUCCCAAGGUGAUUGGUGUGAAGUUGACCGGUAGCCUCUCAGGAUGGACGUCUCCUAAGGAUGUCAUCCUGAAGGUGGCCGGCAUCCUGACAGUGAAGGGAGGCACCGGAGCCAUCGUAGAAUACCACGGACCCGGAGUUGACUCCAUUUCCUGCACUGGAAUGGCCACCAUUUGCAACAUGGGAGCUGAAAUCGGAGCCACGACCUCAGUGUUCCCCUACAACCACCGCAUGAGGACCUACCUGGAGAAGACUGGACGUGGACAGAUCGCUGCACUGGCUGAUGAAUACUCAGACUUGUUGGUACCAGAUGAAGGCUGCGAGUACGACCAGCUCAUCGAGCUCAAUCUGGAUGAGUUGAAGCCCCACAUCAACGGACCCUUCACCCCUGACCUGGCUCACCCAGUGUCUGAAGUCGGUGCUGUUGCUGAGAAGAACGGCUGGCCGCUGGAAGUUAAAGUUGGUCUAAUCGGCAGCUGCACCAACUCCAGCUACGAGGACAUGGGCCGUGCUGCCUCUGUGGCCAAGCAGGCUUUGGACAAAGGUCUGAAAUGCAAAGCUCAGUUCACAGUCACCCCCGGCUCUGAGCAGAUUCGCGCCACCAUCGAAAGAGACGGAUAUUCAAAGAUCCUUGGUGAUGUUGGCGGUGUGGUCCUGGCAAACGCAUGUGGACCCUGCAUUGGACAGUGGGACAGGAAGGACGUGAAAAAAGGAGAUAAGAACACGAUCGUCACUUCCUUCAACAGAAACUUUACUGCCAGGAACGAUGCUAACCCUGCAACACACGCCUUUGUCACUUCCCCUGAGAUCGUCACAGCCCUCGCAAUUGCUGGCACAUUAAAUUUCAACCCAGAGACAGACUUCCUCACAGCCCCCAAUGGUGAGAAGUUCAAGCUGGAGCCCCCCAAUGGAGAUGAACUGCCCUCUAAGGACUUUGACCCAGGCCAGGACACCUACCAGCACCCGCCGCCUGACGGCUCCAGCCUCAAGGUGAACGUCAGCCCUGAGAGCAACCGGCUACAGCUGCUGGAGCCCUUUGACAAGUGGAGUGGGAAGGAUCUGGAGGACAUGAAGGUCCUCAUCAAGGUGAAGGGCAAAUGCACCACAGACCAUAUCAGCGCUGCAGGACCUUGGCUGAAGUUCCGCGGUCACCUGGACAACAUCUCCAACAACAUGCUGAUCGGCGCCGUCAACAGCGAGAAUGAUGCAAUCAACAAGAUCAAGAACCUCCUGACAGGAGAGUACGGGGGAGUCCCUGAUGUGGCCCGCCACUACAAGGCCAACGGCGUGUCUUGGGUUGUGGUUGGAGAUGACAACUACGGCGAGGGCUCAAGCAGAGAGCACGCUGCACUGGAGCCCAGGCAUCUGGGAGGAAGAGCCAUUAUCGUCAAGAGCUUCGCCAGAAUUCACGAAACUAACUUGAAGAAGCAAGGUCUGCUGCCACUUACCUUCACCAAUCCAUCAGACUAUGACAAGAUCCGUCCUGAUGACAAGAUCUCCAUCAGGGGGCUCAAAACCUUCACUCCAGGAAAGCCUCUCACUGCAGUCGUGAAGCACAGCGACGGCAGCGAGGAGACCCUGGAACUGAACCACAGCUUUAACGAGACACAGAUCGAAUGGUUCCAGGCAGGCUCUGCCCUCAACAGGAUGAAGGAGCUGCAGUGAGGACUAGGAGCUAGGAACAAGCAUGUGGAGAGGAGGAAGAGGAGGAGGAGGAGGAUUUUCAGGGGGGGAAACAGGGUGGUGAGGAUUGUGUGGGAGAUGGGGGCUGGAGAAUGUAGAUCCUGUCGAUGAUUGUUCCAUCACCUGCAUCUUUCGCGCAGUCUGGACUGAAGCCGUGUUGGUACAUUUCAGAGAGUUAAAUCUUCACUUCAGAUUACGUGUCAAACCGAUGCUGAUGAUGGAACAACUGAUCUGCGGUCAGAUAUUUCCGAAACCUUCAUUUGUCAGUGCGAGAUCCUGUAAGCUGCUAUGUGUCAAAGUCAAACAGAGAUAAGCGGUUAGAAAUCAGAGUCUGUUUAAAAACACACACACACAAACACACUAAGCUUCAACCCAAGCGGUGACAUAACCCCCUGUGCCAGCUGAUGUGCUGCCGGUGCUGUUGCAGCUGUUCAAACAGCUCUGUCGAGCGUGGAGGCCACUUCACACUGGAGCUCAGCCAGCUGAUCACACACUAGCUUGAGGACUGUGUUGCACACUGCAUGGCAAUAAUAAGCUUUAGUCAACCGUCGUCAUCCAACCUGCCCCAGUGUUAUUUACACUCCACCUUGAACAGGUAAACAUGAUGUUGGCUGCGUCUCUGGGUCCAGUAGCGUAGUUGCAGUGACCACAUGUGGGCACACACAUUUAUUUUCUCACAUAUUUGCCCCCUGGUGGCCACGAGGAGGUACUGUAGUGUUGGCAGGGCACAACAAGGUAAUUUUAUCAAAAAGUUUUAAAAGCAGCACCUAGGGAUUUUUCAAGGGCAUUAUGGGAAGUGUAGGAUAUCACAUACAUGCAUGGGACAUUUUGACAGCAAGUGGAUUCAUUUUGAAGCUAACAUCAUAGAUUGAUUCCUGUAAAGUUAACACCCGGACCACAUUGCAUAUGUGAGCAGCGUGUGACAGCUACCUUGCUGAACUGCUGCGGGCUGCACGCUUGUGGUGUUCACACUGACAUGCUCUUGCAGAGCUGCCUGCUGCUAUAACUACUGUGUUUUUGCAAUUAAGAUGUAGUGAAUGUGGUAUAACAUAGAUAUGUUUAUUUAAAGACCAUUUUCAAUUUCUAUUUUUGCUGAAAACUGUGGGCUUUCUGCAGAAAAAACUGGGGAGACUCCAAAUCUCUAGAUGUUCUGCAGCUGAGCAGCACUGCUCACGCUGGCAGUGUGGCCUGGGUGAAACAGUAUGGGCAUCUAGGGCUCUGUCUUUUAGCAAAACAUGUUUAAAUCCAUCACAAUACAUGUAGGCAGUACUACAAAAGGUUGUUGAGAACCAUUGCAGACAUUUCCAUAUAUAGAGACAGACUUGUAUGCUUUAUUACUGUGUGAAAAUACAGUAACAAAUCCUGGUCUUCCUCCCUGACACCAUCACUAUCUUCAAAAUACCCUCCCUGUCAGUCCCUAACCUCUUCACAAGGUCAAACACAUCUUAUUGUUUUUUCCCUUGUUUAUUUAUUUAUAUUUUUUUCUGUGAAACGCUGCUUUUCCAUAAACUUCUUCACACACAGGGUAAACUUGGACUUGUGUCCUCUUCCAUCCCGUGUUCUCAGCACCCUUAUUUUGGAGGGUAACGUCACUUUUUGUGUUACUUUUACCUCAACAAAAAUCAACUGAUAUUACAGAAAAGGGAGUACCAGCACAGUCAGUUUUGUAAAGGGGGAGUGAACUGACUGUAAAUCACCACUUGCUUUUAUGUAGCGACUCAUAAGAACCCCAGAUUGCCGUGUCAGAACCUCAACAUGGAGAUUAUUACAUCAGAUCAGAAACAGGAUGUAUUUUUUUUUUUUUUCGUGCCCACCACUGCUUCCCAGUCCCUGCAAACUAAAUGCAUUCAGAGGUUAAUUAGAUGAAGGCUUUAACCACUCUCUUCUUCUAACCGACGGUAUGUGAAGUGUCUGGUUCCAUGUACAUUUAAGUGUUUGUGUUAUUUUUCUCCCAGAUUAUCUUUUCUGUAUUACAGAAAUGCCAAUGGGUUGUAAAAUAAAAAUCCACAGAUCUCAUUUA